UCUCUCAUAAAACAUACACAAGCAACCCUGUAAGAGAGUUGCUAAAAUAUAUAGUUAGAUAGAGAACAAUAUGAAGAGUAUUUGCUUGUUUUUCACAACUUUCUUAGCAAUGACAUCUUUUGCCUUUACAUUUGAUCCCAAUCCUCUGGAAGACUUUUGUGUGAUUAUCAACGACAUCAAGACUUGGGUGUUGGUGAAUGGAAAAUGCUACAAAGAACCAAAACUUGUUACACCAGAUGAUUUCUUUUUCUCAAUAAAAGAAGAAAACAUAUCAAGUCAACUUGGUUCGCAAGUGACACUACCCACAGUUAGUGAGAUAUUAGGAUUAAAUACUCUUGGUAUCUCUUUUGCUCGUAUUGAUUUUGCACCAAAGGGUCUAAAUCCUCCACAUGCUCACCCUAGAGCAGCUGAGAUACUUAUAGUGUUGGAGGGUACUCUCAAUGUCGGUUUUGUUACUUCUAACCCAGAAAACCGUCUCAUUACAAAAGUUCUUAACAAAGGAGAUGUCUUUGUGUUUCCAAUUGGUCUUAUUCACUUCCAACAUAAUAUGGGGGAUGGAAAUGCGGUUGUCAUUUCUGGACUUAACAGCCAUAAUUCAAGAGUUAUCACUAUUAUUAAGGAGGUAUUUGGGUCUAAUCAAAUUUCUUCAGAACUUCUCACCAAGGCUCUUCAAGUGGACAAUAACAUAGUUGACAAUCUUCAGAAACAAUUCUGGUUGGACAACAAUUAGAAUUUAUCUCAAUUAUUGUUGGUUUUUUGUUAAAUGAAUUUAAAAUAAACACAUAGUGAGGUGUGCCAAAGAUUCAUCAAGUUUUGAGAGCUGAAAUUUAAAGUUUAA